AAGAAAAGAAGAAGAACCAAUGCGCUUAAAAGUAAUCCUUCCGCAGGGACUGUCGCGGGAAUCAAAACAACACAACAAAAAGGGAGCAGUAACGUAAACAAUAUUACACUUUAGUCUAUAUUAAUGUGGUCGCUUUUAUUUUAUUUUUUAUUUCGGAGCAUUUGGUUUUAAGAGGCGAUAAGAACGUGGCACAGUCUUGGCUAGAGGUUGGAGCGUCCUGUUUGUUGAUGUGUGAGACAGGGAUAUGUCAUUAACCUGCUCUGGAAAUGGCUUAUCGACUGACACAAGAGGAGUUGGAUCAACAGUUUGAACAGUUCUUGAAAGAGUCAGUGUCUGAUGACUCGGUUGAUUUGGGCAGCAGCUCUAAGCGUCCCAGCGUUUUGGAUAACCUAGGAAAGGCACCUCAACAGCAACAGGAGAAGAAAAGCCAGAGUUCAGUGCUUUGGUGGCAAGAAGAUGAAGACAGUGAUGAGACUCUGGGAAAAGUCCCCUCUAAACCCGUCCUUAAACCCCGCAGCAAGGCACUCGACAACGUUAGACAUCAAGGCAAGCUCCAUCUGCCUAAUCAAGAGCCUUCUUAUAGCGCCGAUAGGCAGCAAAGCUCUGAACACAUUAUAUCAAAGCCAAAGCCACAGUCCUCCAAAAUGUCCAGUGAUUCAGAAGGAAGAAGUGCUUCAGAUGAUGAAGCUCUCACUGUGUCAAGUGGUACAAAACCAGAUAUGGCUGAGAAUUCCCACCAUCCCACUGGGACUGUCUCUGAAAAUCCUCCUACAGAAAAGUGUGAUUCAUGGAACAGCAGCGAUGCUCUUGGGAAGACCUUCCUCAAAUCCUUAAGGAAGUCCCAAACCAUCCAGGAGGUUGAUGAAGAUCAGGCGAAAGAACGAUGCUUUCAUGAUGAGCCCAGAGCGGAGGCGGUCAUGUUCAGCAGAGACAGUCUAGAGCCAGAGGAUUCACUAGUGAUCUAUGGAUCUGCACAGAGUGCUGCCGCUUUGGGUUUGCGAACUCUGAAUGAGGAAGUGGAGCAAGCAAGCUUUUUGGACAAGGAGUCUGUGACUGAAGAAUCAAGACUGAACAAAGACCAGGAAUCCUUCAGCCCUGCUCUUGCAUCUCCUCAAAGGGAAGACGAUGACUCGUUGAUGAAGCAGAAUCAAAGUGUAGAUGGAGAAAGAGAUUUGGGUUCUGUGAAAGACACUCCAGCAUCCCCUGCUUACAGUGAUGAUUUUGAAGAUGAGGCAAGUGAUAAGGAAUCUGAAGAAAAGAAGCCAGAAAGGUGUGGGAUGCUUGCUAAAGUGUCCCUGCAUGACUCUUUGAACUCCACGGAUGGAGCUCCAGUGCCUGCUUUGUCCAAAAAUGUGCAAGAGAAACCUGAGUUCCCUGACUCCAGAAUGGCACCGGCAUCAGGGCAAGGCACCACAGGACUGUCAUAUGGUCAGAGCGGGGCAAGUGACAUGGAGGCUCUGCAGGAGGCCUACAGGCAGAUCACUCACUCGGUGAGCAAGUGUGAGGAGCGAGAGGAGGAGCGUAGUAGGAGUCCCUCCUCUCUCUCCACUCCAGAAUGUAUGAAGAGAACCACACAGCAUGGCUCCACAACAGAAUCAGAUUUACCCACUGCUGAAGAACUGAUGCGUGCUAUUGGACCAGAUUCAGGAAUCACUAUCGGCUUGUGUCUUGAUGCCUUAAGUGAAGGAGCUGUAGACAAGAAGGAUGAAAGUUUGGAUUCGGGGGGCCCCACUACAAGAGCUAAAGCUAAGCACUCUCCUCUGGCUCUCAGAGAAGCAGAUAAUGAGAGCCCUAAAGCAGUGGAGCAGUAUCAAACAUCAUCCCAGCACAGACACAGGAGCAUUACAGACGAGGUGAAAAGGCUCAUGCAGGAGCAGGAUGACUUCCCUGAGGUCUCUCCUGUGGCCUCUGGCAGAGGCAAGAAGUCUCAGGUUCCACACAGGUCCACUACCGCACCGCCUUUUUCAUCUGCCUCUGGAAAAGUUUCAGUCCCAACUGUAAAAACUAAGAAAGCUGACAUCAAGCCAUUACCCAAAGCCUCCACACCAACCAGACCCAACAGAUUAGCUAAACCUCCAUCUCCACUGACUCAAAGGAAGAGUCAAAACCAACCAUCCAAAAGGAUCUCUUCUCUUAGUCAAACCCAUAUUGUCAAAGGUCCAGACUCUGGUUUGAAGGUAAGCAAUGAUCUUGUUGCUUCGAUACAGUCUAUUGCUGCCUUUUUACAACACAGGAUGGAAGCAGAUGGUCCAAACACUGGCUAUACUGAGCAGUCAGUACAGCAGGCAAAACAAAGCAAAAGAGAGACAGAGAAAGAAGAAGCUGUAGCCAGAGGCCAUGACCUUUCAUUAGAGUACUCCUCAUUGGAGCGUAUACGUCUGCAGCUGGCUCAGAAAGAGAGAGAAUAUCUCCACAGGGAGAAGCAGUUCCAGCAGGAUCACAGCAAGGAGAUCAGCGCUCUCAAACAGGAGAAUUAUAUGUUGCAGAGCAAGUUGCACAGUGCAGAAGAGGCAAUCAGGAAGCACAGAUGGAAUUUUGGUGAGGCUUCAGACCCAGAAAAAGACGAGAAACUGAGACUGAUUGAGAAGGAAUUGAAGGAGCAGGAGACUCUAAUUCAAGGCUACCAUAUGGAGAAUGAAAAAUUGUACCUGCAGAUGAAGGCUCUCCAGGCACAAAAUAAGCAAAAUGAAGAGGCAAUGUUUGCAGAGAAUCAGAAAUUGCUCACCGAAUUAGCGAUCACUAAGGAACAGUUGAAUAAGAGCAGUAAACAGAAAACAAUUGGAAAUAUAGGCACUGCUGUCCAUGGAUACAAUCUUGCUGAACUAUUGUCUGAGCUACAGGCUGCACAGAGAAGGGAAUCACAGCUGCAGGACGAAAGCCGCAGGUUCAAACAAGAGAAACAGGCUCUGCAGGUGGACCUGCAAAUGAUGAGAAAAGAAAGGGACUUGGCAAAAGUACAAGUGAUCUCUACCACGGGUGAUAAAGGUUUUGAGUUGAAGCUGCUGGAGGAAAGGCAUAAGGAAGAGGUGGCUGCACUGAAGAAGAGGCUGCAGUGGUAUGCCGAGAAUCAGGAGCUGCUGGACAAAGAUGCAGCUAGACUCCGAUCAGCCAAUGCAGAGACACAGAGACUAACUGAGCAGGUGGAGAAGCUGAAGAUGGAGGUAGCAAAGCAAGCUAACCAACAGCAGAAGAAAGUAAAGGAGAGGGCUGCAGAGGCCAAGAGAAUUCAGGAUCUUGAGCGACAGGUGAAAGAAAUGGAGGAGAUUCUCCGCCGUAGGCACCCAAACUCUCUGCCUGCACUGAUGUUUGCUGCAGCAGCUGCAGGUGGAGAAAAGGAAGGAGAGAGUUAUCCAUGUGCAGCUCCUCAGCCUUCUCAUUCUGCUGCCCUGCUGGAGAGACGUAUCCACAGACUAGAGGCUGAGCUUGAGAGCCGUGAUGAAGAAGCCAAACGCUCACUCAGAGCCAUGGAGCAGCACUUUCACAGGAUCAAGCUCCAGUAUGAGCAGCAGAUCUCUGAUUUGGAACAGCGGUUAGCUGAGCAAGGUCCAGCUUGUCAUAACUGCUCCUCUAAGAAGUCAGAGAUCCAGUCCCACACAGAAGAUGAGGUGGAACAACUAAAGGAACUGCACCAGAGUGAAAUAAACACUCUAAAGGCCGAAGUGGCAACUUUAAAAGAGCAGCUGCAACACGUUCAUUCCUCAGCAGAGCCCGAAAAGCCAUCUCGACACCAGAAGCAAACCGAAGCAGCACACAGCACCCGGAUAGAACGCCUGAACCAGGAGCUUGGCACCAAGAGCCGCACCAUCCAGGAGCUGAAGCGUACCGUGGAGCGGCUGCAAAGAGAGAGGAAGAGCAUGUUAUUUAGCCCAAAAUUACAAAGGUCCAGUGCUCUGUCCAAACAGACAGGCAAAGAGCACUCCCUUUUCCUGGCUGAGACUUUCCCAUCUACACAGGAUGAAAAAGAUUAUCAGCCUGGAGAUUUCUCAGGCUCCCACAUUUCCGAGGUGCAACAGGAGAAUGAGAGGCUGAAGGUCAGACAGGAGCAGCUGGAGCAACAGUGGUUAGAAGAAAGAGCCUCACUUCAGGCUGCUGCCACACAAGCACAUGCUGAACUCCAGAGGGCUCAGGAACGAAAUUUGGAACAGUUGGCGUCGCUCAAAGCUGACCACCAAAGAGAAAUAGAGCGUCUGGUGGCCUGCCACGCCCUGGAGCACUCCUCUUCCAAAGUAGCUGAACUCGCAAAUCAAGUGAAAUCACAGGAGGUCAUGGUACUGCAUUUGCGUGAGCAACUGAAGGAACUACAAAGAAAUAAAGAGGCUCUCGCUUUGUCUAAGCUCCGAGAGGAAACAUUACAGAACCAACUGACAAAGCUUUUAGAAGAGCUGAAGCAGGCAAAAGAGGCCCACAGUCCAGAGCUGAGACACUUUGCUAGCUUGGAACACAAAAUCCACACCAUGGAGCUCCGAUACAAUCAACGUGAGCAGGAACUACAGCAGAUGAUCGCUCAGACACGUUUAGUCGUAGAGCAAGAACAGCAGGCAGAAGUAUCGCGCUGGAAGAGACUGGCUCAGGGGAAGAGCAGCGAGCUGGAGGCCUUCAGACAGGAGCUGGACUCUAUACUAGAUGUGCUUCGAGAGCUGCAGAAGCAAGGUGUAGUGAUUCCUGCCACGCAAUACACUUCUGCUGCUGGCUGUAUAUUCCGGCAUCUCAGAUACUGAUAUAGGGUUCUCUGUAUAACUAAGCAUACACUCAGGUAUAUCUGGAAGACUCUGUUAACAAUGCGAAUGCACUUGAAUACUCUGGAGAGCACUAUUCAAACUAAUAUAAAUAAAACAUACAGAUUGAAUGAAUUGUACUAGUCCUUGGUAGGGCUGAUUAAUUGGUGCCACAGCAAUGUUUUGUAUUUUCAUAGAGAUUGUUACACAUUUCUUCAUAAGUUGGAAAAUAUUACAUUACAACAUUACGGUUUGCACUACUGUUCAAAAGUUUGGGAUCACUCAAAAUUGUAUUGUUUUCCAAGGAAACACACACAAAAUUAGUCUGAAUAGAAAAUAUAGCAAAAGAACAGGACAUGCUGACAUGUCAGAGUUAGAAAUUAUGAUUUUGGUGGAAAUGAUGAAUGUUUUCUUCAAACAUUGUCUUCAUCAAAAAAAAAAACACCUUUUGCAGCAAUUACAGCUUGGGCAUCCUAGCUGUCAAUUUUUCAAGAUAAUCUGAUGAGAUUUCACUUCCUGGAGCAUCUCCCACAAGAUAUCAACCUGAAAUAUGCAAGUGAUCACAAAAUUUUUGAGCGGUAGUGUAGUUACAACUGAAAGUAAUCACAGUGAACUAACACGUUUCCGGUUUAUACUCUCACUGUCCGGUUUAAUGGGAACACCUGAACAUCUCCACUUUUAUCUACUCAUGUGGCAGCAGCACAAUGCUUAAAACCAUCAGGUAAAAAGCUUCAGUUAAUAUUUACAUCAAGCAUAAGAAUAGUGAUCUUUGUGAAUGUAACAUGGGUUGUUGGUAGGGGAUAGGCUGGUAUUUCAGAAAUUGCUGAUAUCCUGGGAUUUUCAUACAUAACCAUCUGCCCAGAAUGGUACAAAAAACAUCUGUGCAAAACAUCUGCAGACUAAAAAGACUUGUUUGAGCUCACAGGAACACCUUACUAACUCAAAUAAGUAUGAUUUAUAACCCUGGUGAGCAGAAAAGCAUCUCAGUACACACAACACAUGAAAACCUUGGCAACAGCAGACCACACAGGGCUCAGCCUAGAACAGAAAUCAGAAGCUAUCAUGGGCACAGCCUUAUCCAAACUAGAAGACUGGGAAAAGACCAGGUAAUAUUUUUCUCAUUUUUAACUGUACAACAGUUAUUUUAAAAGAUGAACCUCUACAGACCAGCCUUAGAAAACUCUUCUUUGUGUAUGAACUAAAGCCAGUCCCACACUUUGCUUUGUGCAAGCUGAAUUUCUUUUCAGCCUGAUAGGGCAGGAGAGUUGCUGAACGGUAUGAAAUGAGACUUAACACUAAGAUUUAAGUUUUUAUGGCAUAUGAUUUGAAUAAUGGACAAGUCUGCUACACAACAAUUGUAAAGGUUUUAAAUACUAGGAAUGUAUUCAUGCAGUAACCCCUGUGCUUAUAUUUUACACAUUUACCAAAAUAUUGGUAUGUUUUAGUAAGCCUCAAAAAAAAAAGAAAAAACAUGUACAAUACUGAAUGCUGACGUUUCUCAUUGUUUAAUUUAUUAUGAAUUAACAUUACUUAUGUAAAAAAAAAAAUGAUUUUCACACUAUUUAAAAUAACUUGAAAUAUAUUUUCUAUUUGUACUGAUCAAAAGUCAUUUGUAUGUUUUUAGG